GGUUAAAGGAUCUAAUCGUUACAAAAAUGAAACCACAAUGAUGAUAUAUUAUAAAGUAUUUCGUUCAGGAACUUGAUCCAUAAUUUUCAUAUAACCACAGGGACUCAAUUUUUGUAAUUUACUCUUAAUGAGAUAUUGUAUAAACUUCUCGGCUGAUCAAUUUUCGUUUCCCAAGUCCCAGAACAGGCUACCGUUGUUCGGCCACUCUGGGACCUAUGUCCUUCUUUAAUCCGCUCACCCCCUGUUGUUCUUCUGUCUCCCAUAACUCCCCCCUCACUCAGGUUAAAAAAAGGCUAAGGCUACCUGAAAUAUGAAUCACCCCUAAAAGAAGACACUAGUUUUGAGCUUUUGGUUGACUGGUUUUGCUUUCUGCGUAAGGAAGCAGAUGUAUCGAUAGAUGCUUUGAGAGAGGUUGUUACAGGAAAUUAUGGCUUUUGUCCAACUCAAUGAGGGGCUUGAAUCUGCACAUGCUUAUUGUCGACAUUCAUGCUAAUUAGAAAACUCAGCUAAAAACCAGAAAUCAUAAAUGAUGUUGACCACGGUGUGAUCGAACAUUGCAGACAGAUUAUUUUUCGAAUCUUCUUGAUCAAAAGGUUAGUUUACAACUGUUUGGUUAUAUCAGCAUAUUAUAUGCAUCACAAUGGCAGCUUCUGCAGAAACCUUGAACUGUGAACAGCCUAAAUUAGUCGAAGACGAGUGGACAAUCGUUUUGCCACGACGCAGCAAUCAGAGAAGAAAAUUUCCCAAAAUUAAACCUGCAAAACAACAAGAAUUACAAACACACUGGGCUCCUACCGAUCUCGAAACAACCCCAGAAAAAGAACUGCAAUUGAUGCAAAAGAUGCAAAUCUCUAUCGAGAAACUCGAGAAAUCUCCAUUCUUUUGUGCGUUUUUGGAUCAAAUCCAUACUCCGGAAGCUUCAGAGUGUUUCCAUAAGAUUACACGAUCAGAACAUAAGUUAAAAAUGGUCAUAUACGGAAUUGGUAGCAUCGAAUCAUUUGAAUCACCUCGAUUGCAGCUUAGUCUUGCAAUCUUGAUGAAAAGAAAACUUGAUUGGAUCGGAGAUAUGGAAGUGUUUGAUCCAAUUAUUUCUUUAACAGAAUCGAAGGUCUUGGAGGAAUUCGGGUGUCGUGUUCUUUCCGUUAACGAGCAAGGCAAGAGACAAGCGGUGAACCCCAUUCUUUUUUUCAUGCCACAUUGUGAAGCCGAGCUAUAUGAGAAUCUCCUAAAAACCAACUGGAGAUGUGAUAUGUUGAACCAAAUCGUGUUGCUUGGCAACAGUUUCGAGAAAUACGAGCAACAUAGAUCCGUGUUUCAGAACUCGGCCUUGGAUGAUUUAAGAAAACAUUUACUUGCUGUACGACCGUUCACCAAAGAGUUUGAGAUUCGUACGGUCUCCGAUGAUUAUUUUCGAGCAUUUCAUGGUUCAAGUUGGCAUUUUUUUAGCGUUGAUUCUAGCACAGACUUGCAAUUAACAUGCUAAAACAUUUUAUCGUGCAUUUGAACUUGUUGAAGACUGAAAGUGGAGAUUAUAUUCGAAC